AUGGCUUCUUUCAACGCGUCAUUGAGUACUGGUGCGAGGAGAUGUAUCGGCAGUAGACAAUAUAUAUCUACACGCACAUCUCAACGACAGUAUGGGACACAUACAUCUCGAUUGUCAAGAUCCAUUGCUGCUGCAGGGAUGAUUCCGAAAAUCGGCUUUGAUAUAAUAUUGGAGCUCUGA